CACAGCGCAAAGCAAGGGCGUGUUUCCUAUUUCUGGCGGAGCGAGGCGAGUCACUAGGCCAAGUUAGUUAGUAACUUGUCCUACUAACUUCAGCCUGGAUAAAUGCUGAUCCUUCAUUAAACGGAGCUAUGGACUUCGAUUUUUUGUUUAACGAUACAGCGAUCCAAUUUUCGGACUUUCGCGAGUUCACGUUUCUUCCAGGACACCAAAGGUUGUCUGAACGAGUGAGAAAGCGACUGUAUUAUGGAUUGGAUCGAGAUGUGACGUCACUGGAAGUCCUCUCCUCCCCUGUGACAGACAUCGCCGUUGAACUCUUCCAGAAAUCUGCACCAAGCCCAAUAAGGAAGCUCCACAAGAACUAUGCCGUUCAUGUGUCCAGGGAAGCUUGUAUUUCACCAUGCGCAAUGAUGCUGGCGCUGGUCUACAUUGAAAGGCUUCGAAAUAGGAACCCUGAAUACUUACAAAAGAUUGCCUCCUCUGACCUCUUUCUGAUCUCCAUGAUGGUUGCCAGCAAGUACUUGUACGACGAAGGAGAGGAAGAGGAGGUCUUCAACGAUGAGUGGGGAGCAGCCGGAAAGCUGGCUGUUGAAACAGUGAAUAAACUGGAAAUGAAUUUCCUGAAGGCUAUUGAUUGGAGUCUCUUCACUGGGUCCAAAGAAUUCUUGGAUGCGCUGAGCCAACUCGAGAGCAGGAUUGCUGUGCAUCAGGGGAUGCUGCGAGGCUGGUUUACCUACACUGACCUCUGCGUGCUGCUGGAGCAAUCGGCGUGGAGCCAAACACUUGGAGCUAUCUACCAGCACUUUAUCAAGGUUUCCUGUAUGCUCGGAUUUUUGUAUCUGACGAGCGUGGCGGGUCUCAUCGCGACAAGCACCGUGCUCCACCAGCUGAGUCUGUGUCCGAGUGGCCGGACGCCGUUACCAGGCCAAGUCGCCCCGGCGCUAUCGGGCCCCGACCCCCCUGCUCAUUCCCAGCCGCUCCCCUGUUGCACUCUGUCUAACGAGAGUCUGAACAGUCACACCCAUGCGGUCGGAGCGGCUUCACGUCACGCCACCUCGCAGCCGUCAAUAUUGUGUCUCUGGGGGUCAUUGCUUUCCUCUGUGGGCUCCAUACAGCUUCAAACACAAUUGGAAACCCGGCGCACUUCCAUCUUCUGCCGUGGCACCUUCUCGCCAUCUGAAUGCACGCUGAGCAACACCUCAACGGUAUUCAGCGGUCGGGCAUCGCGGUCGGCCUCCGUCUUGAUCGGAGGCGCGGAAGCGAGUCCAAUCCCUCACCUCAAAGCGUUUCCUCUCGGGCCGUCGGCGGCUUGUCAUCCAAAGUUGAUGUUACCUGGAGACAAGACGCAAGCGCUCCUCAUGGCCGGCUAGCACGUCGCAGACAUCUGAUGGUCAUGUAUUCUGGAAGGAAAGAGAAAAACGAAACAGCACUGCUUUUAAUCACCGACGCACAAGCGAAAUAGUCCACAAGUACAUCUCGAACACGAGAAGCUCAUUGUAGUCACUUUAUUUGACCACAGAAAUCGACUUAUUUUCAGAGAUUUUUGAGGAUUUCUGUCAUUUUGCAGGCUAUUUUAUUAUUAUUAUUAUAUAUAUAUUUUGCUACAAACAGUUAUUUGUUUGAAGGUGGAUGGUCUCGAUCCGUAUGUUUGGAGUGAUAGCCGGGAAAGUAUGUUGAGAUUAAACGAUGGUGAGACGUAAGAAACAUAAGCGCUUUCCGAUCAUGUUCGUGCAACUCUUUUGAAUUGUAAAAAAAAAAAAAAAAAAAAAACUCAACACCCUCUGAGGCUAUGAGUACCUUUCUACGACAGGGUAAUAUGAUACAUGACUAUUUAGUAGUUUCUGGGGGUCGUGUUUUCGUACAUAAGGCCACCAAAUUUAGCAUGCUAACACAUUAGCUGCUAUUUCCCUUUGCUGAUAUGCUAUGGAAGUUCCACACUCACUACCAUUUAUAACACGCAUCACUCCAGAUGUACCGGGUACUGCAAAAUGUCUCCUUUUGGACAGUUGACGUUCGACUUUUUUGUGUUUCUGACAAAGCCGAAGUGGUCCCCAGGAAUUUAAAAUUUUAUUUUGACGUACUUGGAAACACAAUGUCCUUCAUUUUUGUAUAUGCAUGUAAAAUGCAAAUAUUGUAAAGCAAGUCAGCUAUAUUAAUAAAGAAUGCCUUUUCGGGUGACGUUUUAA